GUGGUCCUCACGGUGCUUCAUUUGAAGGUAGGACUUCUGGCACAGCACCAAGCCAUGUUGCUCCGACUCUUUGCCGUUCUCUGCUUGAGCUUGGCAAGAACUGCUCCGAUUGAUGUCGAUUCACAUAUGUCCUUGCUAUUUGGCCAUGAUCGAAAUCUCAGCGAAGCUGCAAAGUACAUGGCACUGGCUGCAGAGAAGGGCUGUGGCCGUUGCUUUUUCUACCUGGGUGCGAUGCUCGCCUUGGGUGAGCCAGAGACAAAUGUCUCGGCUCGCUUCAAGGUCUUAUCGGACGGGAACAUCGAAUUUCGGUGGGCACGUGGACUGGCUCGAGCCGAAGGCUUAGCUUCCAGCUCCAUGUUGGACCGACCAGCCAUCGCAUACUACGUGGGUGCACAGAAGGGGGAUCCCUUGGCAGUUCUCGCGUUCUCGUACUACGUCCUAAAUCGUUUGACCCUGGGAUCCCCCGGAGCCGCCUGGUGGAUCGCCGGCGAGCGGCCGCAAGCCACCCAUGCCUUGCGCCGCAAGCCAUGGAGAGAAGAGGCGACACCUGCGCUCUGCCAAUUGAUUCUACGUACUUUGGAAAAUGUGGCAGAAACCGCCGCUCGAAAUGAGGACGGGGCCACAGAUUCAAGUGAUCUUCACUUCUUUGUGCAAAAUGCUAGCGAAGUACAACGUGCCAAAAAGGAGCAUGCAGACUGGAUUCGAGCUCGUUCGAAGGAUGGCUACAAGGAAGCUGAGGUUGUCGAAGCCGCGUAUUUGUUUCCCGGUGAUGCAGAUUUGAACCUCACCCGAAACGUCUCACGAGCUCUCGAAUUGUUUGAUGCUGCUGCGAGUACAACCACAGAAGCUGCCUGGAAUUCUAUGCUGUUGCAUGCGCGUGAAGGGCAUGAGUCAAAGAUUAUCCAACAUGCGCAGAACAUUAUUCAGGAUCCAGACGCAACAGCACUGCAGAAGACCAUGGCGCAGCAUUACCUCCAUCGUUUUGGCGCUGACGACACACGACCCAACAGCACGCGCGCAGGGGUGUACUUGUUGGCAGCCGCUGAAUUAGGAGACUCCAAUGCUCAGCAGAUGAUUGCUCAUGCCUAUGCAGGGCUAGAGCUCCCGGAGUUGGAGAAUGUCAAAAUCCCUGGUGCUCCCAAUACAAAGCGGGCCAUGCAUUUCUACAUGAAAGCCGCCAAGCAGGGAAGGCCCGUCUCAGCCGUGAAUGCCGUCUCUCUGAUGUUGCGUAACCCAGAAGGUCAACGCUCUACGGCAGAUGAUCGCUGCCGGGGAGCUGUAGAGACGUUGCGAGAUGUGGCCCUGGCAUAUCACCCAGAAGUCCUCCAGCUGCAUGGUCGUGCUCGACAUGCCUUUGACAGUGGUGAUGAAGAGGGUGCCUUGAUCAGCUUCGCACUUCUUUCAGAAUCUUGGCAAUGCUUGACGGACAUUGGACUUGAUGGACGAGAUCUGUCCAGGUUCUUUGCCGGGUCUUUCACAGAGGUUCUGAGUGUUUUUGUUUGUCCAUGGCACACAUACACGGAUGUCUACCUGGAUGGGGCCGAAGAAUACGAUUCAACGCUUUGCAAGACUCGCUCAGCAGCACAACAGCUUGUGCUCGCAAAGCGACCCUCUUUCAGCCAGUCAAACACCCGAUUUGAUCAUGGCACGAUGGAGCUAGAUGCUGAUAACGAUGGCAACAUCUCGCCGGAUGAGUUGAUGUUGGACUUCGGGGGUAUCCACAUGCGGGCAGACAUCAUGCUGGAGCGGAUGAAAUUGGAAGAUGGACUACUUGGAUUCAUCCAACAGAUGCCGCUCUUUUUGCUGUGCCUCAUUUGCUUCCUGGUUGCCAUCAGUAUCCUAAGUCCAGCAGAAGAGACUUCUGCGAUCCAUCAACACUUGGAGGCGCACUUCGGCCUUGGGGAUGUAGGGAACAUCAAAGAUGUGGCGGGAAUCUAUGCCUUUGUGACGGCCUUUGAGCAGAAAAACUUGGAGAUGAUGCCAACUUCUGCAGACUAUUGGUGUGAACAUCGAUAUUACCAAUAUGCUUGGAAUGAUCACUACCAGAUUCCAACCUCUACCUGCAACAGCCCCAGGUACACAGCACUUGGUUUACAAAGUGCCCCAGUUUGGACCAACGGUAGUGGGACUUCAAGUUCCGGCCACAGGCGGUUGGCAGGAUCUCACACAGACACAGAUGGUCCAACGGCAACACAUGACAAUCCACCUUGUGAGGACAAUGACACGGCCUACGCACUUGAAGAAGACAAACCCAACAUUACAUGUGAAGAGGAUUCAAGCCACGCAUGCGGCAUUGAUCUCGGCAUCUUGCUUUGCCCAAAGACGUGUGGAUAUUGUGCUCCCUUUGAGUAUGAGAGUUUGAAGAGGUUCGGAAAGCCGCAGCUUACACUGCUUCCUUCUGUCCUUUUCCAGACCCGUCUGGAAGAGACAGCGUGCCAUGGCUUUGCAGCAACCAUUCAGGUUCAGAACUACAAUCCUUUGCUUUCCCUCUUACCCGCACUGGAUGGAAAGAAAAAAGGCAACAUCUUGAAAUGCAUUGACCGCAAUCAACAACAGACGUCAGAGUAUGCCUUGUAUCUUGACUGUCCAGACCAUACCCCUUCACACCGUUGCGUUGACGGAAAGGUUGGCAUCGGUACCAAGCAAAGUUUUCAUGGAGAGACAGUAUAUGCAGAGAUGCUCAUUGAAAGCAGCAAGCUCUUGACGGGAAUGCAGAAGGUAGGAUGGAUUGACAUCCAAACAGAUCGGGUUUGCGUCAGUACCAUGGUCUACACGGAAGGUGUGGAGAUGUUCACUUCACUGACAGUUGAGUUCAGUUUUGAUGAAGCUGGCAAUGUGGAGGGAGCAGUGCACAUGAUUACCUAUCGGGACCUGACCCGGGAAGCGGCCUCGGACUUUGCUGGCUGUUUGAUCACAACAUGUGUUGGUGCUUUCAUUAGCAUUGUGUCCCUGGUGGCCUAUUUGUGCUGCCAUCCAGAGCAAUACAACUUGGGGCUGAUGCUCUAUGAGAUCAUCUCGCGCUUGGUUCUGUUCAUCUACCCCUUGAUCUUGCUCAUCUCUUGGACGCAACAGCAACUGAUGUCCCAUGAGUAUGACCUCCUGAUGCAAGCCUUCAUGCAUAAUGAAGGAAUGGAUGCUGAGCAUGUGAAGCACAGCGUGGCGGAAUAUUUCAAGGUGAAGACUGUGAUCUAUGAAGAAGCCGACUGGCUGGAACGUCAUCGCAUCGCCGCUUACAUUGUUCUCUAUGUGCAGUUUCUGCAAAUGGUGCUUGCUUUCAAUGUGCACCCUAGGGUUGCAAUGCUGACAUCUACUAUUCAGAAGGCCUUGCACAACAUGAUGCAUUUCUUCUUCGUCUUCGCCAUCCUGUUUUUAAUGCUCGCCUUCAUGGCAAACUUCUUGCUCGGCGGGAGGAUCCAUCUAUUUGGCACCUUUGGGGAAGCAUGUUCCGCACAGGUUCGAAUGCUCUUCGGAGAGUUCAUAUACGCGGAUGGUGUGGAGGUGCUCUCAGGAACAGCUCUUGUGAUGUAUUGGCUCUACGCCAUCUCAUUCAUGUUGAUUGUCUUCUUCACUUUGCUGAACUUUUUCUUGGCAAUCAUUGUGGAUGCCUUUGUGGAUGUCAAGAAUUACACCGGGGAGUUGCGGGUCACGCAGAGUUUCUUUAGCGACCUUUGCUGGAUGCCCUGGAGCGCAUACCUCCACAGGAAGUACAAGCUGCCUCCCAGGAAGAAGCUGGUGAAAUACUUCACUGAAGCUUUGAAAUCCUACAACUCUGCUGAGAAAGGAGCAGAAAACAACAGCGGCUUCCCAUUGCUUUCAGCCCGGGCACUGAUCGAAGAGUUUGGUGUUGAAGAAGCUCCUAUAUGCCAAUGGCUGUGUCACAUCGAGAAACUCAGCACGGUACCAUUGAUUCACUACCACACCAGUGAUGAAGGAGUGGCAUCACGAGAAGUGGGAGAAGUGGUGGAGAACCAGCAUGAACCAGAAGAAGCAGAUGCGAACACCGUCUCCGACCAACGUUCGGAGCCUCUUUGUGCCCAAGAAUUGGGCGCCAAAAAUGCGCACACGAAUGCGGCCAGCCUUUGGAAAAAGGGUCAGAAGAAGACCCUGAAGUGCUGGAGGUCCACAUCUACCGAUCUUACUGGAAGGCUUUGCGAACUGGACUAUCGAAGAAGGCCCGGCGCA